UACUGAUAGGACUGGGACUGUGGAUUAAGUACGGGAGUGACUCCUUUGUGAAGGCUCUAGGAAGCCAUUCCGCAUACUUCAUGCACGUGAGCCUGUUCUGCAUCGUUGCAGGAAUUAUUAUGGUCAUUUUGGGAUUUUUAGGCUGCUACGGGGCCCUCAAGGAGAAGCGCUACCUACUAUUAAUUUUUUUCCUGAUAAUGCUGGCUCUGUUUAUCUGUGAGAUUGUGGCAGCUGUUGUGGUUCUGGCUUUCGCUGAUGUGGCUGAUAGCAUUAUAAAAGACAAAGGUCUGCAGUCUAUCAAGAAGACCUAUUAUGAGAAUGAUGGCAAAGGACUGGUGGCUGAAAGCUGGGAUGCUAUUAUGAAAAAGGUGAGUACCUGA